AAGAACCGUAACGCAUUGACGCAAAUAACGUGUCCGAUGUAAUUGCUUCCCCUUAUGUGGUUAAAAAUAUCUACUUACUGUUUUGUUUAUUGAAGCAGUUCCGAAGUUUAUUUUGUGAGGACAUACUAGUGCAACGAUAGAGGGGCAAUUAUUUCAUAGAGUUUAAUUGAGCUAAGAAUGUAGUUUCAGCCAAGGUUGAUCGUUAGGACAUACACUACAAGUUUAAAGUCAUAUUUCUUCAAGCGAGACCGUUAACACCAGACAACACACAAGUGGACUUACUCUUAGGGCCAAUGAGGGCCAUGGCCCCUCUAAAAAGCUCCUUCCUCUUAGGUUUGUUGAUAUUUGCAACGUGCAGAGCUGCAAAGCCAAACAUCACCAUUGCUGAGAAGGUGGUCAAGCUGUACGAAGACGUCAUGUCACCAACAGUCCUGACAACAGUCCAGUGCGAAGACCCGAUCGACAAAACGGACCCGGUAGCCUUUGGGGCCAUCAAACCGACCACAAACUGCGAAAAGUGUUUUCUUGUUCUGCCAGUUGACUUGGCUCUCGGAGAGUACGAGAUCAAGUUUUUUCCAUCUGUGGCGACCCUGGACUUCAACACCUGCCCGGAGUACAAUCUGACCUUGACCUGUUCGAACAAUGUUGACCCCGACACUUCUGACACCUUAUACAUCCGCCUUUAUCCGAAUUCGCCACCGGAGUUCACGCUCGGACUUGCAAUUAACUUCGUUUUGGCCAACACCAAAAGUUAUACCGCUAAUCAGCUCAUUUAUCAAGUCGAGGCCACUGACCCAGACAAUGAUCCCAUCUACUACACUAUGAAGACGACGCCAGCUUCUUCAAGCUUUGCGAUAGGAUACACUUCUGGAGAGAUUUACGCCCUAAAUGACUUGGCCACUGAAUGCUACAAUUAUACAACAUUUGAAGUAACGUUAUCCGAUGGGAAACUCAACAGUGUGUCUCCACAGACCAUCUCCGUGACAUUAGGAGGUGCCAACAGAUCUCCGUCAAUCAAAAAUUUAGAUGCUGUAGGAAGAUGGCCGGAGGAUACUGCAGUGGGGACCACCCUACUGAACAUUGACAUCGACGAUGACGCCCUCGCCAGUGUCACCCUCAGCUACACCACCAUCCCGACGGACGCCAUUUCACUCUUUGACUUGAACGGAGUUCAGCUGAAUCUGAAGUCUGCCUUGGACUACGAGAGCUACAACCUACAGCGCCCUCUGUUCAUCGUGAUCGCAGACGACGGCGCGUGCACGUCAAGGACGUACACCUACACUUUGAGUGUGACAGACGUCAACGAGCCGCCGGUCAUUAAGCCCAAGAACCAAAUUCUGUCUGUCUAUGAGGGAAAUAUUGUCAUUGAUCCUGGAUGGACAACCACUGACCCAGAUUUUAUUGACACCAAAACAUAUUCCAUCAAAGGAUCCACUCCAAGUAUCACGCGAUUUGCUAUUGAACCGGACUCUGGCAUCAUCAAAUCCAUCAUAGAAUACGACGUGGACAAGAACGUCGCCAUGACACCCACUGUGACCUUGACCGUCCAGGUGAGUGAUAAAGGCAACCUGAACGACACGACUACAGUCAUUCUCAACAUCAAGGACCUCAACGAUAAUCCUCCAGUCAUAACCACAUUGGACCAAUUUUUUACUGUUACCGAAUGUUCAAGUCCCGGGCAGCAGCUUGGAAACUUUGCGGCCACAGAUUUAGACUCUAGCUUCCAGGACAACAAUGUUAUAUCGUUUAGCACCACCACCACCACCAACAGCGGCGGCAUCACCAUCACACCCAAUGGCGACGUCAUACUUAACAAGGUCUCCGCCGCUGGUACCAGCGAAACGUACACGGUUGUCGCCACCGACCACGGCCAGUACCCUGGUCCGUUGACCUGCCUAGUCCAUGGCACUGUGACAAUUACUUUUACGCCGUGCCCGACGACCACUACCACGACGACCACAACCACAACAAAAACUACAACCACACCGACCACGACUCCGACUACAACUCCGAAGGCACAAUCUUUCUCCACAUCAGACAGUCUGUGGUGGAUUAUACUAGCAGCCUUGUUCGGGACAAUUUUUCUAGGUGUUACAGCCUGGCUUUGUUUGACACGUGUCAGUAACUUCUGUGCUGGGAACAUCGCCAAGGGCCACUGGGCUCGGGGAUGCAGUGGGCGUGGCAUGUGCAAUGGGGAAUGCUGUCAAAGAAAGAAAGUUCCAAAAGCACCAAACAGAGUAAUUGAAAUGCAGCCUAGAAAUACAGGAAUACAACCUGGCAGUGGCAAUGCCGGUUUUUGGAAAGAACGUUAUCCUGAUGAUAUCUACAAUGAUUUGCCAGAAAGAAAUAGAACUCCAGAACCAGCCAACUAUGAUACAGUACCAGAUGAAGUCGCUAACCCCAGACCUAGAAAAGACUCACUGCCUGCGGUGGAUAAACCUAGAAGUGCACCCAGGAGUGCUCCUAGAGGGCCUGAUAGGGGUGAUGUUGAUGACAUUCUAGGGGAGAGAAUCUGGAGCAGUGAUGUCCCCAUGAAUUACAAUCAGGGGCCAAGAGUUAACCCCCACUACAUUGACGACAUACUUUAGUCCAGUGCAUAGUGAUAAUCCCUAGAUAGCUCUUCCUUUAACAACCAAUGCAUUAUCAAUGCACUAUAUAAAAUGAAAAUGAUUCUUAUGUAUCUAAUUCAAAUUUUGAUAACUUUUGUUUGAAAAGGUUUCUUAUGAAAGUACACACAGACUGUUAAAAAAGAAGCUACUAUAGCUUAAUCAGAGAAUAAUGUUGUGGCAAGGUAGUUAAAAUAUGGGGACCAUGGACUAAUUGAAGCAGGAAUCUUUCAAAAACUUGUAUCCAACAAAAAGACUUAACUCUACAUUAAGAAUACUUAAAACCAUUGUUUAGAAUAUCCUUAGUUUAAUUGCUUGAUAGGAUCAAAUUAUUACUACUUAGAAACCCCAAACAGCAUGUCACAUUUAAAAAUGAUAAAUUUUAAGACCUGUUCUAUUAUUAACAUAAAGCCAAGAUAAGUUCCACAUGUAAAGCAA